UGAUGUGUGGAAUAAUGUAUGUUAGAUUUAGGAGUAAGCUUUGUAAGUAGUUUUUAGGUAGGUAUUGGUUUGGGGAUUUUAUCUUCUCUUGUGGUUGGAAAUCAUUAGAUUAAAGAUAGUGGAUUUAGAUAGUUCGAUAUGGGCUAAUUUUAAACAUUUUCUGAAAUUCUUCAUCAAGUAUACUAUCAUUAACAGACAGAAAUCCUAGAGCAAUGGCAAAAUCAUGCUCAGAAGGCUGAUGCUCUUCAUCAAUUUAGUCAAGUCUCAAAUGACACGGUUGGUACUAUAUCAACAGUUCUUCGUGCAAACAUCAUUUCCAUCAUGCAAGCAGCAUAUCCAAGGAGAGUGAUUAGGAAAAUUAUGUUUCUAUUUAAUCCAACCCCACUACAUUUGUCAACCUUCCCAUUCUAAAAUUAUGAGAGUAUGCUGACAGACCCUCCGAGCUUAUUCUUAAAGGCAUCUUUUCCUUUAUAAUUGAGUGUGAUUUGUUUGCCAUACAAGUCGAUUGCUUUAACUGCGUCUCCUAUUCUGGAGCCAAUUGUUUUAAUCCAGCCAUUUCUUA